CCACUCUGUAAAUGAUACCUUCCUCAUAUAGAAGGUCAAAAUAUUAUAAAAACAAAAUAUAUUUUACCUAUAAUUCACCCACCUGCAAUGGAAAAGGUUACAGUGUAAAUAACCUAUUUACUUUGACCACAGCAUGCAAUGAUGUUUGCAAAUAUUUGACUGCAAGAAGAGAAAUAUCUGGCAUUCUGGCUGGUGAUGGAGACAGAAAUGUGGUGAUAUCUGGGGUCUUUUUGGAAGAAGAUCAAGAACCCGUUUCUUCCAAUCUCAAUCAAGUGCAAGAGGCUGGGGAGAGUGUUGGAGGAAUAUCUGGCAAUCAGGCUGGUGAUGGAGAUAGAAAUGUGGUGAUAUCUGGGGUCUUUUUGGAAGAAGUUCAAGAUCCUUUAACUCAAAUCAUAGAACUACCUCUACAUUUCCCAUUCUUAGAUGAAAGUUUUAUAGAUGAAGAAGAUGUAGUAGAUACCUCCAUUGCAGCUAAUAGCUCUGAUACUUUUCCAGUAAUAGUUAAUAGCAUUCAAUCUUCAUUCUUAAAUAUCGAACAACCAUAUAAUUUUAUUCUUUCCCCAAAAAAUCACUAA